GAGGAAGAAGAGGAAGAAGACACGCCUGUGAAUCCUGGUAGAGACAGUGCCACAAACCAAAUAAGGAGAAAGGAACCCCAGAGUUCUACCACAACAAACUACCAUCGCAUAGGGACUAAAUUCAACGAGGCCAAGACUAACCGGUCCCCAGCACGAGGAGGGGACUUCUCUGGAAAGGGUGAUAUUCCCAACACGUCUCUAGAUCCCACUUCCCGACCAGUCACUGCAUUAGCCCCAGAAAAAGAUGUUUCUUUGACAUCACGGACUGUGACCAAACCUCCACUUCUCACUCUGGAAGGCACUUCAGCCUCUAAAACUGUUCUCAGAUUUCCACAGAGGAACGUGUCUUGGACUGUGGAAUCUCUAAGCACAGCUUCUGUAAUGGAAUCUCAAGAGGUAUCUACUGAUCUCAGUGACGAAGAGAGUUUACUCACCAGUGUCAAGCUCGACCCGGGAGCCGAUGAUUCUUCAGGCUCCAGUCCCACCACUGCUGCUGUGCCAUUCACCUCCGAGAACAUAGCCCACGGGUAUGAAUUUUCUUCAGAAAACCCAGAGGCCAUCACCUAUGAUGUCCUUAUCCCAGCACCCACGAGAAAUGUUUCCGAAGAGUCAGCAUCAUCGGGUUCAGAAGAAUCCCUCAAAGACCCUUCCGGGGAGGGAAGUGUGUGGUUUCCUGGCCCCACAGACGGGAGGACACAGCCCGAUGUUGGAUCAGGUGGCGAGGGACUUCUCCCGACUCAUCCCACCGAGAGACAUGUGGACGCAUCUGAGAAGACAGCCGAGUCCUCUUCUCCAGGCCCAUGGGUGCCCCAGGGCCCCUCGGUCACAGAUAUGGAAAUGCCACCUUCUUCUUCCUUUGCCUUCUUCCCCACCGAGGUAACACCUCGCGCUUUUACUCCGUCCUCUGGGAAACGGGACUUGGUGCCCACUGUCAACGUGGUCUAUUCGCAGACCACGCAGCCCGUGUACAAUGGUGAGACACCUCUUCAGCCUCCCUCCAGUAGUGGCGCCUUUCCUCUAGUCACCCCUGUGUUGCUUGGCCAUCCGGUCCUCGACACUCCCCCUGCCGCUUCGAGUAGUGAUCCGGCCUUGCAUGCGACGCCUGUGUCUCCCAGUGUCCCUGUGUCAUUUGACUCCAUCCUGUCUUCCUCUGCAGUUCCUCAUGUUGUGGAGGAAGAAGAGGAAGAAGACACGCCUGUGAAUCCUGGUAGAGACAGUGCCACAAACCAAAUAAGGAGAAAGGAACCCCAGAGUUCUACCACAACAAACUACCAUCGCAUAGGGACUAAAUUCAACGAGGCCAAGACUAACCGGUCCCCAGCACGAGGAGGGGACUUCUCUGGAAAGGGUGAUAUUCCCAACACGUCUCUAGAUCCCACUUCCCGACCAGUCACUGCAUUAGCCCCAGAAAAAGAUGUUUCUUUGACAUCACGGACUGUGACCAAACCUCCACUUCUCACUCUGGAAGGCACUUCAGCCUCUAAAACUGUUCUCAGAUUUCCACAGAGGAACGUGUCUUGGACUGUGGAAUCUCUAAGCACAGCUUCUGUAAUGGAAUCUCAAGAGGUAUCUACUGAUCUCAGUGACGAAGAGAGUUUACUCACCAGUGUCAAGCUCGACCCGGGAGCCGAUGAUUCUUCAGGCUCCAGUCCCACCACUGCUGCUGUGCCAUUCACCUCCGAGAACAUAGCCCACGGGUAUGAAUUUUCUUCAGAAAACCCAGAGGCCAUCACCUAUGAUGUCCUUAUCCCAGCACCCACGAGAAAUGUUUCCGAAGAGUCAGCAUCAUCGGGUUCAGAAGAAUCCCUCAAAGACCCUUCCGGGGAGGGAAGUGUGUGGUUUCCUGGCCCCACAGACGGGAGGACACAGCCCGAUGUUGGAUCAGGUGGCGAGGGCCUUCUCCCGACUCAUCCCACCGAGAGACAUGUGGACGCAUCUGAGAAGACAGCCGAGUCCUCUUCUCCAGGCCCAUGGGUGCCCCAGGGCCCCUCGGUCACAGAUAUGGAAAUGCCACCUUCUUCUUCCUUUGCCUUCUUCCCCACCGAGGUAACACCUCGCGCUUUUACUCCGUCCUCUGGGAAACGGGACUUGGUGCCCACUGUCAACGUGGUCUAUUCGCAGACCACGCAGCCCGUGUACAAUGGUGAGACACCUCUUCAGCCUCCCUCCAGUAGUGGCGCCUUUCCUCUAGUCACCCCUGUGUUGCUUGGCCAUCCGGUCCUCGACACUCCCCCUGCCGCUUCGAGUAGUGAUCCGGCCUUGCAUGCGACGCCUGUGUCUCCCAGUGUCCCUGUGUCAUUUGACUCCAUCCUGUCUUCCUCUGAUGGUGCACCUUUGCUUCCAUUUUCCUCUGCUUCCUUCAGUAGUGAAUGGUUUCGCCAUCUGUACACGGCUUCUCAGAUCCUCCCACCAGUGACCUCCGCUGGGGAGCGUGCCCAGGGGUCCCUGCAUGCUUCUCUGCCAGUGGCCGGGGGCGAUGUCCUGUUAGCGCCCAGCCUGGCCCAGUCCUCUCCUGUGAUGGCACAUCAGGCCACGCCUCAUGCUGCUUCAGAGACGUUGGAAUUCGGUGGUAGUGACGCUGGUGUCCUUCAUAAAACGCGCCUGUCUCCUCCAGCUGAGCCAGCCAGCGGUGAUGUCACCAUGCAUGCACGUUCUUCGGGGCCCGAACCUUCCUCGGCCUUGUCUCAUGACGAGGCCUCCCGACACCUCUUCACUGUUUCUUAUGGUUCUGCAGUCCCUGUGCAUGAUUCUGUCGGUGUGUCUUCUCGGGGUUCCUUCCUUAGCGGUCCUAGCCACACACCCAUGCAGCAGCCCUCGUUAAUACCCCCCACCGCCCCGUGGCUGCAGCCCACUCACGGCCUCUCUGGUGAUGGGGAGUGGUCUGGAGCCUCCUCUGAUAGUGAGUGGCUUUCCCCUGACCCAGAUGGUCUGACAGCCCUUAACAUUUCUCCGCCUGUUUCUGUCGCUGAAUUUACAUAUACGGUAUCUGUGCUUGGUGAUGAUGGUGAUAAGCCGCUCUCUCAAAGGGAUGUAGGAGAUGGAAAUCAGACUGAACUGCACAUGUCUCCUUUCACUGAGAUGGGUUCCCGUCCUGAAGGCACAGUCACGCCCGGCCUGUACAGUAAUGUAAAUAAGUUGAAUGCAUCUUUACAAGAGUCCCCUGUUUCCAUUUCUAACACAAAGGGCAUACCUCCAGGCUCUCUUGCUUAUACUACCACUAAGGUUUUUGAUCAUGAGAUUAGUCAACCUCCAGAAAAUAACUUUUCAGUUCAACCUACACAUGCCGUAUCUCAAGCAGCCGGCGAUCCUUCUCUUACACCUGUGCUUAGCGCAGACUCAGAGCCAGCGCCCUCUGACCCCGCUUCUAGCGAAACGUUUUCUCCUUCGACUCAACUCUUAUUUUACGAGGCCUCCGCUUCUUUUAACCCCGAAGUAUCGCUGCAACCUUCCUUUCAGGCUUCUGAUGUUGACACGUUGCUUAAAACUGCUCUUUCGGCUGUGCCUAGAGAUCCAAUAUUGGCUGCAUCCCCCAGGGUUGAGCACAUUAUUCCUACAAUAUUGCAUCCCAUGGCAUCCAGUUCUGCUUCAAGUGAAAGCAUGCUACACUCCACAUCUGUGCCAGUUUUUGGUGUAUCACCUGCUUCUAAUAUGCCUGCUGCCUCACUUCAAAGUGUAACCAUUUCUUAUGCAAGUAAGAAAGAUGUUGAACCAGUCUUGCUUAAAAGCGAAAGUUCCCAGCAAGUGGUACCUUCAUUGUUUAGUAAUGAUAGGUUCUUCCAAACUGCCCGUUUGGAGCUUAACCAUGCCUUUCCCCCGAAAGGAAGGCAGGCAUUUGCUACUCCUGUUUUAUCGAUGGAUGUACCUCCCAAUACACUUUUAAAUGAGUUUGUAUAUCCUGAUGAAGCCUUCACCUCCACCAAGGGUUCCAUUACUGAGGAGGUAUUGGCUGGUAUUCCAGCAGUAGUUUCUGAUACACUUUUAACUGCUGAUCAUUCUGUCCCUCUCGGGAAUGCGUAUGUUUCUAUUCCAGCCGCUUUUCCCAACAAAGAUGGUUCUGUUGCCACAACCAAGUUGCUGUUUCCUUCUAAAACAAUUUCCGAGCUGACUCACAGUGCCAGAUCUGAUGCUGAGUUAGUGGGUGGUGGUGGUGAUGAUGAUGAUGAUGAUGAUGACGACGACAGAGAGAGAGAUGGCUUAGCUGUAAAUAAGUGUAUGUCCUGCUCCUUCUAUAGAGAAUCCCAGGAAAAGGUGAUGAAUGGUUCAGACCCCAAGGAAAACAGUCUUGUGGAUCAGAAUAACCCAAUACCAUACUCCCUGUCUGAGAAGUCUGGAGAAGAAAGUAAAGUCACAGUUGUGACCUCAGAAAGUCAGACUUAUAUGGACAGAAGUCCUAAUAAAUCACCAUCAACAAAUGUGCUCUCCCAAAAGCACGGUGAUGGGAAACAGGACAGUGACUUUCAGACUGCCAAUGCCCUGCUUCCUUUCCCCCCGGCGUCUACAGCAUGGGCAGUUCUUACAGGGGACGAAGAGAGCGGAUCAGGGCAAAGUGUCUCAGGUAGUCUUAAUGAGAACGAGACCGCCACAGCGUUCAGUUUUCCAGAUGUUAAUGAAAGCGCUGUGGCUGGGGUCCUGGAAGCAGGUGACUCAGAAAUAACUCCUGGAUCCCCACAGACCUCAGCACUGACUGUUGCUAGCGGGCACUCAGAAGUGGUCAGCAUUUCAGAGGCAGAGGCCAGUAAUAGUAGCCAUGAGUCUCGUAUUGGUCUAGCCGAGGGGUUGGAAUCCGAAAAGAAGGCAGUUAUACCCCUUGUGAUCGUGUCAGCCCUGACUUUUAUCUGUCUAGUGGUUCUUGUGGGUAUUCUCAUCUAUUGGAGGAAAUGUUUCCAGACUGCACACUUUUACUUGGAGGACAGUACUUCCCCCAGAGUAAUAUCCACACCUCCAACACCUGUCUUUCCAGUUUCAGAUGAUGUUGGAGCAAUUCCAAUAAAGCACUUUCCAAAGCAUGUUGCAGACUUACAUGCAAGUAGUGGGUUUACUGAAGAAUUCGAGACACUGAAAGAGUUUUACCAGGAAGUGCAGAGCUGUACUGUUGACUUAGGUAUCACAGCAGACAGCUCCAAUCACCCAGACAACAAGCACAAGAACCGCUACGUAAAUAUCGUUGCCUAUGACCAUAGUAGGGUUAAGCUGGCACAACUUGCUGAAAAAGACGGCAAACUGACUGAUUACAUCAAUGCCAAUUAUGUUGAUGGUUACACCAGACCAAAAGCUUACAUUGCUGCCCUUUCACAGGGUCUCAGACCUUCACAGAUUUCAGGCACUGCUCUUACGUGGUUUAUUGGAUAUGGAAAAGCAUCUUUACUUUCUCUUUUGCAGAGAAAAUGUGACCAGUACUGGCCUGCGGAUGGUAGUGAAGAGUAUGGGAACUUUCUGGUCACUCAGAAGAGUGUUCAAAUGCUUGCCUAUUAUACUGUGAGAAAUUUUACCCUGAGAAACACAAAGAUAAAAAAGGGCUCCCAGAAAGGAAGGCCCAGUGGGCGCGUGGUCACGCAGUACCACUACACGCAGUGGCCCGACAUGGGAGUGCCAGAGUACUCGCUGCCCGUGCUGACCUUCGUGAGAAAGGCAUCCCAGGCCAAGCGCUACGCGGUGGGGCCUGUGGUUGUCCACUGCAGUGCUGGAGUUGGGAGAACAGGCACAUAUAUUGUGCUGGACAGUAUGUUGCAGCAAAUUCAACAUGAAGGCACAGUCAACAUAUUCGGCUUCUUAAAACACAUCCGUUCACAAAGAAACUAUUUGGUGCAAACUGAGGAACAGUACGUCUUCAUUCACGACGCGCUGGUGGAGGCCAUACUGAGCAAAGAGACUGAGGUGCCAGAGAGUCAUAUUCAUGCCUAUGUCAACGCGCUCCUCAUUCCCGGGCCGACGGGCAAAACAAAGCUGGAGAAACAAUUCAAGCUCCUGAGUCAGUCAAAUAUACAGCAGAGUGACUAUUCUACAGCCCUAAAGCAAUGCAACAGGGAAAAGAACAGAACUUCUUCCAUUAUUCCUGUGGAAAGAUCACGGGUUGGCAUUUCGUCCCUGAGCGGGGAAGGCACAGACUACAUCAACGCCUCCUAUAUCAUGGGUUAUUACCAGAGCAACGAAUUUAUCAUCACUCAGCAUCCCCUUCUCCACACCAUCAAAGAUUUCUGGAGGAUGAUAUGGGACCAUAACGCCCAGCUGGUGGUUAUGCUUCCUGAUGGUCAAAACAUGGCAGAAGAUGAAUUUGUUUAUUGGCCAAAUAAAGAUGAGCCUAUAAAUUGUGAAAGCUUUAAGGUCACUCUUAUGGCUGAAGAACACAAAUGUCUGUCUAAUGAAGAAAAACUUUUAAUUCAAGAUUUUAUCUUAGAAGCUACACAGGAUGAUUAUGUACUGGAAGUGAGGCAUUUUCAGUGUCCCAAGUGGCCAAAUCCAGAUAGCCCCAUUAGUAAAACUUUUGAACUUCUAAGUCUUAUCAAAGAAGAAGCUGCCAGCAGGGAUGGGCCCAUGAUUGUCCACGAUGAGCACGGAGGAGUGACAGCAGGAACUUUCUGUGCUCUGGCAACCCUUAUGCACCAACUAGAAAAAGAAAAUUCCGUGGAUGUCUACCAAGUAGCCAAGAUGAUUAAUCUGAUGAGGCCAGGAGUCUUUGCUGACAUCGAGCAGUAUCAGUUUCUCUACAAAGCAGUCCUCAGCCUUGUGAGCACGAGGCAGGAAGAGAAUCCAUCCACCUCUCUGGACAGUAACGGCGCAGCCUUGCCCGAUGGAAAUAUAGCCGAGAGCUUAGAGUCUUUAGUUUAGCACAGAGAGGGGUGACGAAACUCCCUAUCUCAAAUUAAACUGGAAAAUCCAUUUUUCUGUUCCCUGUUUUCUUUCCCAUCACCUGACAGUAACUUUCAUGACAUAGGAUUCUGCUGCCAAAUUUAUAUUAUUAACAAUGUGUGCCUUUUUGCAGAACUUCUUGUAAUUCACUUAUUGUGCUUAAACUAAAAUGAUUGAAUUUUACAGUAUUUCUAAGAAUGGAAUUAGGGUGUUUUUUGUAUUGAUUUUAACAGAAAUUUUCAAUUUAUAGAUAUUAGGAAUUCCAAACUACAGAAAACAUGUUGUUUUAGUGUCAAAUUUUUAGCUGUAUUUGUAGCAAGCAACAGGUUUGCUGGAAAUAUAACUUUUAAUACAGUAGACUGUAAAUAAAAUGCUCUGCUCCUUAUGAUAUUCAACAUUUUACAACUGCAGUAUUCACCUAAAGUACAAAAUAAUCUUCUACUUACUGUAAAUACUGCUCUAGUGUCUCCAUGGACCAAAUUUAUAUUUAUAAUCGUAGAUUUUUAUAUUUUAAUACUGAGUCGGUUUUCUAGUUCUGUGUCAUUGCUUAGUUUAAUGAUAUAGUUCCUUGUCUGGUCUUGCUUUAUGAGUCUCCUGAUAUUGUUCCAUGUUAUCUCAGUGGUUAACUCUGUUUUAGCAUGUAAUUUUAACUUUUAUGGAAAAUAGAAAUACAUUUGUUUUGAAAGAAUAUGUUUUUAUGAAAAUAACACCUUACCCAACAUUGUUCAAAUGGUUUAUUGAAGGGAUUGCAAAAAUAAAUAUAAGUAUUGCCAUCAA